AUGCUGCACUGCACGGCAACGCUUCUUGGUUCCCAGCCCUCCCUCCCUAUUUCAAGUACACCACCAGUUGCACUAAAGGAGUUUUCAAAAAUCAAAUUUUGGUUCAUGUUCAUGGUAUUCUUGAUCACCCCGGGGAUCGAAGUCCGCUGGAUGUUGACGAACUAGUAUGUCAUAUUUAUGAGAUUUUGAUCUUUUUUGGAUCAGUUGCUGGUUGGCCGGCCAACUGCUUGGGUCUAUCUUCAACGUCUAGUGACUUUUCAUCCUCGGUUGCCACCCACCAUAGACUAUACAUCGACAAAGAGUACGGCAGUCUUCCUUCAUCUUAUACUCAACUUCCUCCCAAACUCUCAUCGCUAUCCGUCUCGAUAUGGCUGCCCCCUUCGUUGGGGGCGUGGGAACAAUCCUUAACCGUAGUUACUGUACAUGUACUCGCGUCCUCAUCGUUGUGAGCCUCACACAUGGAGUCACUGCUGCACCAUCCCUGCCGCCGUGAUUCGUGGGUGUAAACGCAUGCAUGGAAGAUCGUUUACCACGGAGAGCCAGUUGUGGGAAAAGAAAAUUUAUUAGCCCGGUCACGUAGAGUAAAUCACACGUACGCGUACACCAUCCAACCUCCAAGAUAUUAUGUCUGAUUACGAAGAGGAGGAGGGAGGGGGGAUUGUGAUUGUUGUCGUGCAUGCUGUAGUCGCCAGACCAUUGAGCUCGCAUCCCUUACAAAACCUGCACGGAGCAUGCGGGACCAGCCUCUCACGUCACCAAGCGUAAAGCACCUUAAGGUAUUCGGCGAGUCGCAUGAAGGGUGCGCCGCAUCCUGCUUAGGACGUUCGGCAUCUUGUGCUGACUUCUUUUGCGUACGCAUGACCGCGGCGUAUGCCUUGAUUUAUUUUCUGGUGCUGUCGCUUUCAGAGACAAUUUCAAGCUCUGUACCAUUUUUAUCACCGCGUCAUGCGAUCAUCCUCUUUGGGCAGAGUGAGGGUUCUCGACCUGCACUCUUCUCCGACCAACAUUGUGGCUACCUCCAGACAAUUGAUAGAGGCAGAAAAAAGAGCGGUAACCUGGUGGCAGAGUGCACGAAGUGAUCUGACUGUUGAACAACUUCGUUGCCAAGGGACGAAAACCAAACCCCGAUGGCAACCACCGGGACGGGGAUAACAUCACUAUGUUUCAUUUCGGCAGAUGACUAUGUUUCCAUUCGGCAGCUUUUUGACGUGUUCACGCCUUGUUGCUCUUGCACUGCGAUUGCCACCACAGAUAUACCAUUCAACUUCUACUUCGUGAGAUUCUGUCGUCUUGGUCACCUGUUUAUGUAGUUCAAUUUUCGCUCGAAAGGUGAACGCUUGUCACCAGAUAAAUCAAGGGUUCUCACGUGUUCACACAGCGGAUCCCAGGGUGACUACGGUGCGGUGAAGAGGCAUUUGAAUGCUGUAGGAGGGUCAAUCGUUAUUACCUACUGUUGCAAUAUUCACCAUAGGCAGUAACACCGACUCCCAACAGCAAUAUUUUGCAUAGCCUUGUGUCGACUUAUUUCAGUAUGAAAGCGUGAGGCAUGUCCAAAGCUUCCCCGGUAGGAAAUAUGCUAAAUAGUUCCACAACCAAGGUUGUGCCAUGGUUUCAAGCCCCUUCACUCUCAAUUGCCCUCGGAGACAAUUCACUGAACAUAACGCCGGCACCCCCCACCCCUCCGUUUGACGGCCGCGCAGGUAGUUCACACCCUGUCGAGCCUCGCCCCUGAUAACCGAAACAAGAGUAGGUGAGAAACCCUUGAAUCUUUACUGCCACGGUCCGAGCAAAAAAUAUGCAGAAUAGGCGGUAUCUAUUAUAUCGGAGGUGAUGGGAGUAUCGGUAUGCACGGCGUGACAACAAAGCACACGUUCAACUACACUCGGGUGCCCGAGAUAUUGUUUGACACGAAUUUAUGGACGAUUUGAAUACCUACAUAUAUAUUAGGUCCGUGUAUUCGAUGUGAACAUAUCCUCAACAAUUUAAUGUGGUUGUCGUUUGUGUGGUUUCUAACCUUUGAAUACCGAUGACGUUGGUGGAAAGGAUUCCUGGCGCUCUGGCUUGACAGCAUCAUCCGUGAGAGUGAAAAUAACGACUUCGGGCUGGACGUCACGCCGGCGUUUUUUCGAAAUACCA